AUGCAUGAUCCAGACGAUGGGUUACCCUCCUAUUUAUCAUUAGCAUCGAAUCCAGUUGAUUCAAAUAAUGAUAAUACAUCAGCAUCAAACAUUCCUAUUUCGGAUUUUCGACGAAAUGAAGUUCGUCCAAUAUUAAACGAUGAUGAUCGACAUAAAUCAAUUUAUCAUCAGCCAAGUCUAACAAAAUAUAAUCCAGGUGAAAGACGCAAAAAACAUCAUCGUCGUUCACGUUUAUCAGGAGAAUCAUUUGAUGUUACAUCAAAAUCAAUUGCAAGUAUUGAAACUACUGAAUCAUAUGAAAUUGAUAAUCCAAGUGCACGUAUACAAUUUUUACUUGGUGAUGAAGAUCAAGAUGAUGAUGAUGAAGAACAUAAACCACAUGAUUUAUUUAUUGAACUUAAUGAAUUAUUACUUGAUAGUGAUAAACAAAAUGAAUCAGGCGAUUGUUUUGAACAAGGUUGGAAAGAAACAGCAAGAUGGGUUAAAUUUGAAGAAGAUGUUGAAAGUGGUGGUCGAUGGAGUAAACCACAUGUCGCUACAUUAUCAUUACAUUCAUUACUUGAAUUACGAAAUUUUAUUACUAAUGGCAGCAUUAUACUUGAUAUGCAAGCUGAUCAAUUUCCAAUGAUAAUUGAUAUGGUUCUUGAUGAUAUGAUUGCAAAUAAAUUAUUAUUACCAGAAAAACGUUUUCUUACACGUAAUGCACUUUUACUUAAACAUAUACAUCAGCAUGAAAAAGAAUUUCAUCGACAUUUACAUACACAAGAACAAAGAAAACCAUUACCAUUUACACGUUCAUUUGCUGAAUUAACACGAAAUCGUUCACAAAAAGAUGUUACAUUGGCAAAUAUUGAUCCAACAACUUCUAAUCAAACACCAACACAUAAAAUAAACAAUGAUACUGCUCCGGAAAAAUUUCUUUCAGUUGGCAGUGGCGAACAAACAAAAGUUCGUACGAAUGAAAAUGAUGAAACAGCAAAUAAUUUGAUAACACAUGAAUCUCGUGCUAAGAUUAAUUUAGCUUUUAUGAAAAAAGUUCCACCAAAUGCGGAAGCAACAAAUGUUUUAGUUGGUGCUGUAGAUUUUCUUCAAACACCUGUCUAUGCAUUUGUUCGUCUGGCGAAAGGUGUUGUUAUACCAGAUCUUCUUGAAGUUCCAUUACCAACACGUUUUCUUUUUAUUCUACUUGGACCAUGUAAUGAACAUUUACGUUAUCAUGAAAUUGGACGUUCUAUUGCCACAUUAAUGUCUGAUGAAAUUUUUCAUGAUGUUGCUUAUCGAGGUCGAAAUCGACAGGAUCUACUUGCAGGUAUUGAUGAUUUCCUUGAUCAUGUCACAGUUUUACCACCAGGUGAAUGGGAUCCUAAAACACGUAUUGAACCACCAAAAAGUGUACCAAAUAAAGAAGAUCGACUUGAUAGAAAUAAAAUGAAUGGUAUAACACAAAUGGAAAUGGAACAUGUUGAACAUGAAUUUGAUCCAUCAUUAUCAAGAACAGGACGAUUUUGUGGUGGUCUUAUUGAUGAUAUAAAACGUAAAGCACCAUUUUAUUUGUCAGAUUUAACUGAUGCUAUGUCAUUUCAAUCUCUUGCGGCUAUUAUAUUUCUUUAUUUUGCUUGUCUAUCACCAAUAAUUACAUUUGGCGGUCUUCUCAGUAAAGCAACUAAUCAAAAUAUGGCUGCAAUUGAAAGUCUUUUAUCAGGUGCAAUUUGCGGUUGUUUAUAUCAUUUAUUUGCUGGUCAACCAUUAACAAUUUUAGGUAGUACAGGUCCUGUACUGGUUUUUGAAACAAUUGUUAAUACCUUUUGCACUAAUCACGGAUAUGAUUAUAUGACUUUUCGUUGUUGGAUUGGUUUAUGGACAGCAUUUAUUCUACUGACUAUGGUCGUUACUGAUGCAAGUUAUUUGGUAAAAUAUAUAACAAGAUUUACAGAGGAAAGUUUUGCUGCACUUAUUGGUAUUAUUUUCAUCUAUGAAGCCUUUGAUAAAAUGAUUGAAAUAAAUCAUCACCAACCUGCACGAUUACAUACCAAUGAAAUUCUUCCACCGAAUUGUUCAUGUUUAAUAUCUAAUAGAAGAAAAAGAUAUCAAAAUUCUACAAUGACAAUAAAUGAUUGUUAUAGAAAUCAAUCGUUUCAAUUUAUUGGUGAAAAUUGUAAUACGAUUAAUACUAAACAAUUUAUUCCAGAUGUAUUUUUCUUUUCAAUUAUUCUCUUUGUAUCAACAUUUGUUAUGGCAUAUACAUUAAAAAAUUUUAAAUUCACUCGAUUUUUACCAAUGACUAUUCGUUCAAAAGUAAGCGAUUUUGGUGUUGUAUUAGCAAUAUUUAUUAACGUAUUUAUUGAUUAUAUGGUUGCACUUGAUACACCAAAAUUAACUGUACCACAAAAAUUUGCUACAACAAAAGAAGGUCGAGGUUGGAUUAUAAAUCCAUUUGCAAAAAUUCCAGUUCCAAUGUAUUUUGCUGCUAUAUUACCUGCAUUAUUAGCUACAAUACUUAUUUUUAUGGAUCAACAAAUAACAGCAGUUAUUGUUAAUAGAAAAGAAAAUAAACUUAAAAAAGGAUGUGGUUAUCAUUUAGAUUUAUUAAUUGUUGCACUUUGUAUUGCAAUCAACUCUAUACUUGGUCUUCCUUGGUUUGUUGCUGCAACUGUUUUAUCAAUAAAUCAUGUUAUUGCACUUAAACUUGAAUCAGAAACAGCAGCACCAGGAGAAAAAGCAAAGUUUUUAGGUGUGAGAGAACAACGUGUUACAGGUUUUAUUGUAUUUCUAUUUAUUGGUUUAUCGGUUUUCUUAACAAAAUUUCUUGGUUUUAUACCAAUGCCUGUACUCUAUGGUGUUUUUCUUUAUAUGGGUAUAUCAUCAAUGAAAGAAAUUCAAUUAAUAUCUCGUAUAUUAUUAAUAUUUAUGCCAGAAAAAUAUCAACCAGAUUAUGUUUAUCUUCGACAUGUUCGAACACGUCGUGUACAUUUAUUUACAUUUAUUCAAUUAACUUGUUUAAUUUUAUUAUGGGUUAUAAAAUCAAUAAAAAGUAUAUCAAUAUUAUUUCCUAUAAUGGUUUUAGCGUUAGUUGGUGCACGAAAAGUUAUGGAUUAUAUGUUUACUCAACGUGAACUUGAAUCUUUAGAUGAUCUUAUGCCAGAAACUGUUAAAAAAGAAAUUGAAGAAAGAAGAAAUAGUACUUUACCAGACAAUCUUGAUAUAAAUGCUAAGCCUAAUGAAACAAUUAAAUUUGAUAGUGGAGAACUUCGUAUAUCGGUUGGCGAUGGUAAAGUAGUCAAAGUUCCAACAGAAAAUGUUCAGAUUAAUCCAUCAACUGGUGUUAUAAAUUUUUCUGAAGAAGUUGGUAAAACAUUUUUAUGGAAAUCUAUAGCUAAAACAAAAAAUAAAUCUGCAACUACUGACAAACCAUCACGAACUGCAGGCAUUAAAAACAAAAUACGUAAAUUAAGUUUAGGCUUUUUAAAUCCUGAUGAAGGUCAAAUUUUAUAUCAAACAACUAAUUCACAAUUACCAUCAAUUGUUAUUGAACAAGCUGAACCAUCAAAUGAUGAUAGAGAAAGUCGAAGAACUAGUUUAAAAUAA